GAAUUUAAUUGGAAUAAAUUCCGGGGGGGUGGGGGUGGGAGGGGACAUUUCGAGAGUAGCGUCUCGGUCGGAAUCCACAUGCUACACAUUUUGUUUAACUUGAACUUAAUAGGGGACCUGGAGAAUUUGACAUUCUCAACUCCCAUUUUCUUUUCCAAGUGGUAUUUUUGAAAUUCCAAUGAGAAAAGGGUUUUCUCUAACACAAAUGCAAGGGAAGGGGAGGUUUAAAUCAGACCAAUCUAACUUUAGUAAAAGAUGAACUGUUUCAUGUCAAGCAGUGAAAACUCCUCUUUGAAUGCUGAAUUUUGAUCUAGGGUUGGGUGAUAGUUCCCCAAAACAGGAAGGACAUUUUGGAGAUCAGAACAGACAGGAUUUCCAGAAUUUGUGUUGAGACUUAUGUCUUUAGCUAAAACAAUGGAGUGGCUGUCUAACAGGUUUACAUUUGGGGCGGGGGGGGGAAUCUAUCUGCCUUUCUUUUCUCAAGUUGUGUAGAAAUUAACAGUAAUUGUCCUUUUGUAUUCUCUUGUCUUUAGAACAUGGUGUUUAGAAACACACCUGAUUUUCUAACUUGCUCUUUCCCACAGUGCCCACAGUUAAGCGGCUACAUUCUGUGGCUUGGUUCCCUUGGCCAAAUCUGGGCUAUUGCCUUAACUCUGGCCAUGGAAAUGCAGCCAUCUGAGGUGAGAACAGGCCCAGCACAGGGCGGGAGGUGGAAAAGGAAAACUUCCUAUUUUGAAAAUAGAUUCGAGGAGGAGGAGGGAACAGGGAAAGGAAGGUAUUGGGGGAUCAGUCAGGCCACUGAGUUACUGAACUUCCCCUCAGCCUUCUGUACUGUUCAACCAGGCAAAUACUGGGCCGCAGUUUUGCUUCUUCCAGAAUCCACCCUUGUUGGCUCUCCUCUAGCUCCCCCUGCUCCGCAAGCUGCUGUUCUGCACCCACUGGUGAGAGAGGGUCCCUUUUGGGUACCCUUUCCGACCUGCCCAAUUCCCCCUUCUAGCAGGUCAGGAGGGGGCUUUCUCUAAUUCACUAACUGUGAAAUUGGGAGCAGACAAGAAAGCCAAAAGACUGCAUUCCUUCAGCCCUGUUCUCAUUAGCAUGGAGGAGAGGCAGAGUGGGGAUGGGGGUGAAUGAAGGAGUUAGUGAUACGGAGAGCACAAAAAGAGGGUCUGGAGAAACAGGGCACAGUAGCACUGCUGUGUCCUAACUAAUGAGUGCCUUAGGUACUCCUGAUCAUUGGUUGGAAGGCAUCUCUUUGAAGGUGUGAACUAUUUUUAUGAGUCACUGAGAUGUGCUUCUGACUCUCCUUCUGUCCCUCGUCAGCUGAUAACCUGGAGGCUGGGUGAGAAGCUAGGUUUCUAUAGCUCCUUGUAAAGCUGUUUAAUCUGUCUUGGAAGAUAGCAGAAUAACUUUUCUAGUUGUAGAUAACCUUUUUUAAAAUCUUGACCUGUUAUUGAGACUGACAUUUCUGCUAACAGCAAAUUGUAUUAUGUUUGAAAGACAAUCUUGGGUGAACACAGGUUAUGGUGGAAGAGAGGAGCCUCAGCUGCCAGAUAACUGGUUGAAAGACCAUAUUUAAAAACUUCUCAAUGGCUUUUCAAAAUACUUUACUCGUCUGUCCCUAUCUAGUGCUGUUUUCAGUUUUUGUGCUUACAGUUCCCAAGCAACAGGUUCUGCAAACAUAGCUCCUGGAAGCACUAUUUACUCCUGUUGCCUGGGAGUUCAACCCUUUCUGGCUCUUUAACCUCUGCUCCUACAUACACAACCGGACCAGGGUCUCUCUAUAAGUUGGAGCUGGAAGCCCAGGAGUGCCAGUAGCUCCCGGUUCGCAGCUGAGGAGCAGAAUGAGCAGUCAACAGCCGAUCACUUUGAACGUAGGAGGGAUGAAGUUCAUGACCUGGCUGUCGACCCUAAAACAGUUCCCGGCAUCCCGGCUGGCUCGCAUGGUAGACGGCGGUGACCCAGAAUUCAGGCUGGUGAAUGGUCAGUUCUUCGUGGACAGGGAUGGAGUUUUAUUCAGUUACAUCUUGGAUUUUCUGAGAACCCACCUGCUUGCCCUGCCUGCAGAUUUUUCAGAUUAUCUGAGGCUCCAAAGAGAGGUCGAUUUUUACCGACUCGACCCCCUGGCUCGUCUCCUGAGCCAAAAGCACCUCCUGAAGCCGAGACCGGAGCUCUUGGAGGUGCGGUUCCUGUGCCAGGACACCAGAGCUUUUUUCCGGAUCUUUGGUUCCAGCAGUCACACUGUAGAGGAACUCACAGGACGCAUCACGGAGUUUUGGGAGCAGCCGUCUGCCCAGACCUGGAGCAGUGACUCGUCCCCUGCUCAGACAGCCUUGCUUCCUUUCCCUCCACAGAGGCCCUCCUACCACGACCUGAUUUUCCGGUGUGGCACCGACAGCACUACGGGCGAGCAGGCUGAGGCCAGGUAUGUUUCUAUAAACCCUGAUGACCGGAAACUGAUCAAUGGGACCAACGUCCUAGGACUGUUGGUUGACACUUUAUUGAAGGAAGGCUUUCACCUGAUCAGUACCAGAACCGUGUCCUCGGAAGAAAACGUUGAGUGCUACAGCUUUGAGAGGAUAAACAGGCCAGAAGCUGUGACGCUCAGUGAAGCCCAGAAGCCAGAAAAUUAUCCAGCAGCUACACCAGUGCAAUCUCAGAAAAGGAAAUGAUUGAGGGCAAGGACAAUUGCUUAAAAGCCUUAAAAAUCACAACGGUUUGGUGUGGCAUGUUGUGUGUGUGAGGGAGCAAGAAGUCCUGGGAGGAGGCAUUAACCCUGGAUGUUGGCGAACCCUCAGGACAUGGCGAAUUCCUAGUGGAUUCCAACCAGCCCAGGCAAGGAUCACCUCUGCUGGUGUGGCUGAUAAGCACUGGCUAUGUUUCUUAUGAUACUUUUCUUCCAAAUAGUUUGCAGCUCUUUUAACAUUCGACAAUCAGAUCUGACAGAUCCCAAGGUGGGGGACUCAUUGGCCCUAUGACCUUACUCUGGCAAUUUUCCAACUUCUCUGCUUCUCUUGUCCCCAGCCAUGAAAAGAAACGCAUCAUCUAGUCCCGCUGGGGGCCCCUUGAGGUCAGGGAUCAUGUAUAUAGAACUAACUGCUUUGUUUUUUCCAACCUCUUACUGGGCUCUACAUAAUAGGCACUCAAUAAAUGCUAUUGACUGCCUCGUGAGAGCAAGAUUCUGUCCUGACAAUCCUCUCACCAGAUCCUGAGCAGAAUUCAGUGAAAUGGGAAUAUCUUGAAAAUGGAAAAACUCUCUGUCACUUCCCCCAUCUCCACCCCUCCAGAACAUUGGAAAAUGCUCAUUUCAUUCUUCCCACAUGUUUUCCCAGUCCCAGUCCUGACCACCUCUCACUGUCACGGCCACUCUGUACCAGGGGUUUUUAUUAUCAUUACUUCUAUUAGUUUUCAUUCUCUGCUCACCCCUUUUACCUUUUGGUGGCUCCCUUUUGGUGACUGGUGUAUCAUAUCAUCAUCCUGAGAAGUAAUUUGCUCAGACUACUAAACAUUAGAUUUUUAUAUUAAAGGGAGAAAGACCCAAAACUGAAAAGUGGCCAAACACACUUUAGUCAGGAAACAUUCAACCUUUUGCUUUUCUAUUGAUGUAUUUUUAGCCUGUCCACAUAUGCAUUAAAGUAUGACUUGCAUUGUAUGCUUCCAAAUGCUUAGUAUGGUGCUCUGCACAUAGUAAAUGCUCAAUAAAUACCACUGAUUGAUUGAU